UUUUUUUUCCCUCGGUUCGGACUUUUUUCCCUCGUCGGUGGUCCGUAUUGGAUCAAGUCUGUCUGUGACUUCCGUUAGCGUCCCAUAGUUUGUUACACUUGGCUGUGAAACGAAUACGUUCUUGGUCUACUUACUACAACGAAGCAACCACCAGCAGCAUGGGUAAGGGAGGUCAACGAGCUGUAGCUCCCAAGAGUGCCACCAGCUCUACUGGCAGUGCUACCCUUAGCCAAAGCAAGGAACAGGUAUGGACUUCGUCGUACAACCCUCUGGCGAAGGAUGCCCCGGAGCUGCCAACCAAAGGCCAAAUCAAGGCCGUCAUUCCGAAGGAAUGUUUCCAACGCUCAGCCUUUUGGUCUACCUUCUACCUGAUGCGCGAUCUCGCCAUGGCUGCCGCCUUUUGCUACGGAACCUCACAGGUCCUCUCCACCGACCUUCCCCAAGACGCCACGCUCAUUCUGCCCUGGGCUCUCGGCUGGGGCGUCUACGCCUUUUGGAUGGGAACCAUUCUCACCGGGCCUUGGGUAGUUGCGCACGAAUGUGGACACGGCGCUUACUCCGACUCCCAGACGUUCAAUGACGUUGUCGGCUUUAUCGUCCACCAAGCUUUGCUCGUCCCCUACUUUGCCUGGCAGUACACCCACGCGAAACACCACCGUCGUACCAACCAUCUGGUGGACGGCGAGUCGCACGUCCCUUCUACCGCCAAGGAUAACGGCCUCGGGCCGCACAACGAGCGAAACUCCUUCUACGCCGCGUGGCACGAGGCCAUGGGAGACGGCGCCUUUGCCGUCUUUCAAGUCUGGUCGCACUUGUUCGUCGGCUGGCCUCUCUACUUGGCCGGUCUGGCCAGUACCGGAAAGCUUGCGCACGAAGGUUGGUGGCUGGAAGAACGGAACGCGAUUGCGGAUCACUUUCGACCCAGCUCUCCCAUGUUCCCCGCCAAGAUCCGUGCCAAGAUUGCCCUUUCCAGCGCGACGGAACUCGCCGUGCUCGCUGGACUCUUGUAUGUCGGUACACAGGUCGGACACCUUCCCGUCCUGCUGUGGUACUGGGGACCGUACACCUUUGUCAACGCUUGGCUUGUACUCUACACGUGGCUGCAGCAUACGGACCCGUCCAUCCCGCACUACGGUGAAGGCGAGUGGACCUGGGUCAAGGGCGCGCUCUCUACCAUUGAUCGAGACUACGGCAUCUUCGAUUUCUUUCACCACACCAUCGGUUCCACGCACGUGGUACACCAUUUGUUCCACGAAAUGCCCUGGUACAAUGCCGGCAUUGCCACGCAAAAGGUCAAGGAAUUUUUGGAACCCCAGGGCUUGUACAAUUACGAUCCGACCCCCUGGUACAAGGCCAUGUGGCGCAUUGCCCGGACCUGUCACUAUGUGGAGUCAAACGAGGGUGUGCAGUAUUUCAAGAGUAUGGAAAACGUGCCGCUGACUAAGGAUGUGCGAAGCAAAGCCGCAUGAGAAAAAGUGCCACCGACGCAUAAUUUUACAAUCCUACCAACAAGACCAACAUUAUAUGGUUUUCGCUUAAAAGAUAGUUUUUUCUACCAUCUGUGUAGUCGGCACAACUACGCGUCUUAGCUUGGCCGUCACCUUGCCGGCUCGCGAGGCCAAAGUUCGG